CUGCACCCUGACUGGGACCCCUACGCAAACUGUUCUUUCGUUCAUGGAUUCGCUGUCUUCUUCCGCGCAGCAGGCAUCUUUUACUCGGGUUUUGACUCCCCAAAUCUUCAUCCGGAUCGAGGAUUUCGGCGCUCGCAAAGAACUGCGGGUUUCUCCCUCCAAAUCGUGCGAAAAAGUUCUCUUUGGCCUUUCUUGGUUGGAAUCCUUCCGGUCCCGGUCCGAGGUAUUGUUUCGCCCCCUGGUUUUUCCAUUUCCAGCGCUGAAUCCCUCCUGGGUGUCGAAAAGAUUUGAUUUUGUUUCGGAUUUCGCCUUUUUCUCCCCUCGUGAAGACCUUUCUUGGCUGGCUCUGGAGCCUAAUUUUGUCCAAGAAAGGCUUCAGAUUUUCUGAGGCCACCAAAGUUUGGACUCUGCCGCCUCAUGUAAUUGAGGUUUUUGCUGCCGAAUUUUCUCAUUUGAACCCUAAAGAUAGGAUCUUUUGGGGGUUUGACAGUGGUAUUUGGAUCUACUUUGUGGUAGAAUAGUGAGUGAGAGCUUUUGGUUGGAUUGAGAAGUCUCUAAUGGCGGAAGCGUUGGAGAAGAAUAGCUGGCAGGAGAUGUUGAGAAGAAUAUUGCCCCCCGGGGCCCCCAUACCGGAGGCGCCAGCCAAUCUUGACUAUUCGAUCGCCAUCGAGUACGACGGCCCGCCGGUGUCCUGUGAGCUCCCAAGGGCUGAUCCUGUUGAUCUCAGCUCUCCGGCGAUCCCGACAGCUGAGCCGAUCGGAGACUCCCAUAGGUCGCUGAACGGCUCGGUGCUCCCCGUGGUUGAUCCGAUACCUUUGCCCAUCUCUCGGAUUGCGCACUGCACUGAUUCGCACUCUCGAGGCCCCCAAGCUUCAGGGAGCUCAGAGUCCGUGGUUUCUGUCUUGCAGAACCAGGAGUUUUCCGACGAUGGUUCGCAGUCGGAGUCUCCAGGCUCCACUCAUAGUGUUCCAAUUGGACAGUCUAAGCAGUUGGUAAACGAGGCAAAGAGAGUUUCUGUGGUCACAUUCGAGAAUGUUGAGAAAUCAGAAAGCAAGGAGCUUUACGAGGUGGUUGCUGCUUCCACUCAGUAUGUGGGGGUGUCCAGAAAGGAGAAGAGAAAAAAAGUGUGUUAUAGAUGUGGGAAGCGGAAGUGGGAGAGCAAGGAGUCUUGUCUGGUUUGCGAUGCAAGGUAUUGCAGCUAUUGUGUGCUCAGAGCGAUGGGAUCAAUGCCAGAAGGGCGCAAGUGUGUCGGCUGCAUAGGCCAGCCGAUUGAUGAGUCGAAGCGGUCAAAAUUAGGAAAGGGUUCAAGGACGUUGUCGCGGUUGCUAAGUCCCUUGGAAGUCAGGCAAAUCUUGAAAGCUGAGAAGGAAUGUCCUGCAAAUCAGCUCCGGCCGGAGCAGCUCAUUGUGAACGGAUGUUCGCUUCGGCCAGAUGAGAUGGCAGAGUUGCUUAGUUGCCAAUUACCUCCUCAGAAAUUGAAGCCCGGGAGAUAUUGGUAUGACAAGGAAUCAGGCCUUUGGGGAAAGGAGGGAGAAAAACCAGAUAGAAUCAUCAGUUCAAACUUAAAUUUCACAGGAAAGCUUCAAUCCAAUGCAAGCAACGGGAAUACCGAAGUGUAUAUGAAUGGCAGGGAAAUUACAAAAGUUGAGUUGAGGGUGCUGAAGGUUGCAAAUGUGCAGUGCCCACGUGAUACACACUUCUGGGUCUAUGAUGAUGGCCGUUAUGAGGAGGAAGGCCAAAAUAAUAUCAAGGGAAACAUUUGGGAAUCGAAAUUAACACGGCUAGCAUGUUCCUUGUUUUCGCUGCCUGUGCCUCGUGCAAAUGGAACGAGGGAUGAGGCCCCUUAUUUAGCCAGAACCGUUCCUAACUACUUAGAGCAGAAAAGAAUUCAGAAACUUUUGCUACUUGGACCACCGGGAUCUGGGACGAGCACUAUAUUUAAGCAGGCCAAGUUUUUGUAUGGAAAUAAGUUCACUCAAGAAGAACUAGACAAUAUUAAACUGAUGAUACAAAGCAAUAUGUACAAAUAUUUGAGCAUUUUGCUUGAAGGACGAGAGCGUUUUGAGGAAGAGGCUUUGUCUAAGUUGAAAGCCACAGGUUCACAAGAUCAACUUCCCAUGGAAGGUGAAAACAAUGGUGAUGCAAGUGGGCCAAAUCAUUGUGUUUACUCCAUCAAUGGAAGGUUAAAGCAGUUCUCUGAUUGGCUUUUAGACAUCAUAGCAAUGGGAGAUUUAGAUGCUUUUUUCCCUGCUGCAACACGCGAAUAUGCUCCAUUGGUCGAUGAGAUGUGGAAGGAUCCUGCCAUACAGGAGACAUUUAAGAGAAGGAAUGAGCUUCAUUUUCUUCCAGAGGUUGCUGAAUACUUCCUAAACCGGGCAAUCGAGGUGUCAAGCAACGAUUAUGAGCCUUCAGAAAAUGAUAUAUUGUAUGCAGAAGGAGUAACCCAAGGGAAUGGGUUGGCCUUCAUUGAAUUCUCACUGGAUGACCAUAGCCCAAUGUCAGAACCAUACAACGACAAUCCCGAAGCUCACUCUCAACCAUUUACAAAAUACCAGUUGAUUAGGGUGAGUGUCAGGGGGAUGAAUGAGGGCUGCAAGUGGGUGGAAAUGUUCGAGGACGUUCGCGUUGUAAUAUUCUGUUUGGCUCUCAGUGAUUAUGACCAGUUAGGGGCCCCAGUGAGCGGCAACAGCAAGCCUCUCCAGAAUAAGAUGAUGCAAAGCAAGGAGCUCUUCGAGGCCACAGUCAGGUGUUUUCGGCAACCGUGCUUCAAUGACACCCCAUUUGUUCUCGUGCUCAACAAGUAUGACCUCUUCGAGGAGAAAGUAGGCCGUGUGCCACUCUCUGCAUGUCAGUGGUUCAACGACUUCUGCCCUGUGGGGACUCACCACAACCAGCAGUUAUUGGCCCAGCAGGCUUACUACUAUAUUGCUAUGAAGUUUAAGGACCUCUACUAUUCCCUCACCAAGCGAAAGCUAUUUGUGUGCCAAGCACAAGCUCACGACCGUCCAACAGUGGAUGAAGCCUUCAAGUACACAAGGGAGGUUCUAAGGUGGGAGGAUGAGAAGGAUGAAAACUACUAUCUUGAGGACUCAUUUUACAGUACCACAGAACUGAGCUCCUCACCAUUCAUCAGGCAGGAAUAAUCUCCAUUAAACUAUUAUAUUUUGGGACUCCGGUUGCAUUGAUUCUCUCAUGUAGGAUUCCUUCUAAGUGUAUAUUGGAGCAGUCUUGCAGCUUGUUUGGUUCGUUUUAUGAAUAUUUCGUUUAAAAUUCAGAGGUAUUUAAUGCUGUGUUAAAAGAUUCAGUUUUAUGCUUUGUGCUGAUGUACCAUAUGACCUUGAGCUCAUGUGUACUAAUCUUCAUUUUCAAUAAAUGCAGUAUUCUUGUUAAGCUU